GCUUCAUUGGAUUCAACAUGGCAACUAAAGCGGCGAAAGGUGCAAAGCAAACCAAAGAAACUGAUAAGAAAGGAAAUAAGAAAAACGAUGAAUUGCCUUUAGUGGAAGAAAAGAAAGAGGAUAGUCCAGUUGAAGGAGAAUUUAAUGACACACCAGAAACAGUUGAAACAGAAACUGUCGAGGAUCUACCUCCACCAAAGGAGCCGACGCCUGAACCAGUUUACGAUGAACCAACAUUAUCAGAGCUCAUCAUUGAAUGUUUUGAGGGUGAGAAAGCCAGAGGACUCUAUGAAGGCGAGGGCAAGGCUUCCUUUGCAGGUGGACACUGCUAUAUUGGCCAGUUUUCCGAAGGUUUGAUGCAUGGCAAGGGGAUGUAUGUCUGGGCUGAUGGUGUUGUUUAUGAGGGAGAUUUUUGCAAGAAUCAGGUGACAGGAAAAGGGUCAUACAAGUGGCCAGAUGAAAGCACUUACGAGGGUGAAGUGUUGAAUGGCAAGAGACAUGGCGCUGGAACAUUCCGGUGCCCGGACAAUGCCAUGUCUUACAGUGGAGACUGGUGUGGGGGAAAACGUCAUGGCAAGGGCCGGAUGGAUUAUGACCCCAAUGGCCGUUCAUACUUCGAGGGUGACUGGGUGUACAACAUCCGCCAUGGUUGGGGGACACGUCAGUACCCGUCGGGGAACGUUUACCAGGGCAUGUGGUUCAACAAUGUCCGCCACGGUGAAGGUACGAUGAAGUGGUUGGACAGGAACCAGAUCUACACUGGUCAGUGGGAGAACGGUAUACAGCAUGGUAUGGGUCAACACAACUGGCUGCUGCAACGUGUGCAGGGAUCUCAGUACCCGCUGCGCAACAUGUACGACGGAGAGUUUGUCAAUGGGCUGAGGCAUGGUUUUGGUACCUUCUAUUAUGCUAACGGCGCCAGGUACGAAGGCUACUGGAAGAACAACAUGAAACACGGCAAGGGCAAGUUCACAUUCAAGAAUGGUCGUAUCUAUGAGGGCAUGUUUGAGAAGGAUCACAUCGUGGAGUACCCAGACUUCAAUGUAGAUGGCGCCACUACUCCAGACAUCACCAGCAUUCGGACAAGAACACCAUUACCAUCAGACAAUGUGAGCAUGCACAGCAACGAGAGCCGCAACACCAUCAGCCCCAGCUUCCAGCUUGAGAUCAACCACCUCCUGGCAGAGUUCACCGACAUAGACCGGGAGGAGGAGCUCAGUCAGGUGAUGUAUGUAACAAUGAGACACGUGACCAGUCUGAGGAAGGUCUACAACUACUACAGUUGCCUCGGUUACGAGGAGAGCCCUGAUAACACAUUCAUCAUGAACAAGAUGCAGUUCUGGCGCUUCCUCAAAGACUGUCAGCUGGACCACGAGGAUGCCACUCUCAUGGACAUGGACAGAGUGAUUGGCCUGGGCUACAACAAACCCAGCUACUCCCUCCACAAUCCCUAUGAACGCAUCCUGCAGAGAGAGUUUAUCAACUACCUGAUCAUCCUGGCGUUCCAUCUCUUCCAUGAACAGCAUGAUGGUUCUUCUCCAGUGCUGGCCUGGUGUAUGUCUAAACUCAUUCAGGAAAAGGUUCUUCGUAAUUCCUGCAAUGUGAAAGGGAACAUCUACUAUGAGACCCGGAGAUCUGUGAAUGCCCUCGUACACAUGGACCAGGCUUAUGAGGUUUACCAGUCGGUCUGCAAACACAGGGUGGCCAAGCCUAAAGAGCCUGCUCUGAAGAUGAGACAGUUCCUCUUCAUGACACAGGACCUGAAGCUUAUCAACUCCGACCUGACACCCCAGGCUAUCCUGGAGGUCCUGGCCUCGGAUGACCCUAAAGUUGCUGAUGGAGAAGGCUGCUACAACCUGGAGCUAGAGAUGACAUUCCUGGAGUUUUUCGAGGCAUUGGUUGGUUGUGCCCAGGUGUAUGUGACAGAGCAAGUGGUCAAGGAUCCGUCUACCCCACGCCCCAGCACCGUCAUGACACAUGACCAGAGCAUGUACUCCGUUCCUGCCUCACCAUCUCGACUCACCAGUCAGGCCGGUAUGGAUGAUUCUGGUGACACAGUGGCCCAGGCUACCCCCCACCACACCCCUCAUGGAGGAUCCAACACCCCUGCCGCCUCCCCAUCCCGGGCACAGUCCUCAGGGGCAGGGACAGCCAAGACAGGGGGAGAGGGAUCUUCAAAAGUCAUAGAUCCCCAGCAGUCCAGCAGUGUUAACCUGGGAUUGACCUCGGACCGAGGUCAUCAGGGCACCAGUCAGAGUCACCAUGACAGCGCCAAAGGAGAUGUGACCCCUCUCGCUGACCAACAGAAGAGUGCAUCUUUCAUCAGUAACCAUACCAACGGCACAGAGGAGAACGCAGCCCUUGUCCAGAGUUCUGUUUCCAUGGCAGCACACACAGAACCAUCAGCAGAGCAUCCUGAAGGUGUGGGUGAGGACCAUGCCGAUGGUGCCGCUGAGGACCACGAGGUGGAGGUGGAGGUGGAACUAGAUGAGGCAACAAGGCUUUUCAACUUCUGGACACACCAGAUACACAUCUUCUUUGUUCGCAAGUUCUUCCCUGCAGCCGAAAAAUUAGCCGACCUUAAGCGUCUGGUCGAGAAGCGUCAGUUGGAUGAAUCUAAAAUGAGGCUGAUGACAAUUAAUGCAUCCCGGAUCCAACAGUGCGACCCAGAGAAAUCCCAGGCCUAGAGCCCAGGAGCUGGUGUCAACAAUAGAGGGACUUAUCAUGUUGAAUAUGUUUACUUUUAAUCAAUAUGGCUCUCCAGCACAAAUGCAUUGUGGGAUCAUUGAUGAGAUUUAUCUGAUCAAUUUUUACCUGAAUUUAUUCUGAAUAAAUAAAUAAUGUAUGAUUAAUGAAUUGAUGAAGUAUUGUUCCAUGAGAACCUGUAUACAAACGAAAUGAAACCGUCCAUUUGAUAUUUACUUUAUGUUACGAAGAAACUGUGAUAUUUAUGUUUAUUUGUUUGUUGUAUAAACAUACUGGAAUAUUUAUUUCUUGGAUUACACAUUUUGGACUCAAUGUUAUGAUUUUGCAGUCGUUCUGCUGAUGAGGAACUGAUUUAGAUUUUCCAUGCAGAUCAAGCACAGACUUGGUUUUGAGAUUCAGGGGUCGUAAGCCUUGAGUAAAGUUCCAAUUCUUGUCACAAUGGCUGACGAAGUAGGACAGGGGUUACAUUGUGUGACCUGGCUGAUUGUGUGUCAUCCUGCCCCAAUGGUGUGGAUCACUGACAUGCAACAACUGGCUCUCACAUAGGCUGAAUUACUUACAGCUUCGGUGUUACGCUGCAAAAAAACAUUCACUUACUCAAAUGACUUUUGAUGGUACUAAAUAUAUUUUAAUUUGUUACAGGCCUAUAUAAAAAAUGUCAAAACAGAAAAUAUUGACAGCUGACCUGCAUACAUGAAGAGUAAAAUAAGUUGUUAUCCAAUGAAUAAAUCAGUUUGUGAUGUCAUGGUGUGUACUUGAUCUUGUUCUUGGGGGCGGGGGUUGGCUUGAGAUCAACAUUUGUUUCAGAACAUGUACAAAAUCUAACUGAAAUCUUUAGAAUGUUGUGCAUGUUGUAAAUAAUCGAGUCUGGACCAGACAAUCCAGUGAUUUAUAACAUGAACAUCGAUCCACGCAAUUGGGAUCGAUGACAUGCAUCAAACCAAGUCAGCGAGCAUGACCACCCGAUCCCAUUAGUAGCCUCUUAUGACAAGCAUAGUCACCUUUAACGACAAGCAUGGGUUGCUGGAGACCUGUUCUACCCCGGAUCUUCAUGGGUCUCCAGUAACCUGAAGUCCUGCUGGCAGACAGCAACCAGCCAAGGCUGACGAGCAUCUGAUUUUGACGAACCAGAUUGCCGCUUGUCACCAAUGCCAUCCCAGCUUUAACAGUCUUGGUCAGGCCACAGUUUAAUAAAAGAAGUUGUGAAUAAAAAUUUGACUGCUCUGUUUAAUCAAUGCUUAUAAUAUUGUAUAGUUUUGGAAUUUGGGUGACAUCUCAGAUGUUUUCUAAGUUGACUGUAGCUGUCCUAUUUUCGUUCAGCUGUGAAAAUGGAAAACAAACAUUUGAUAUUACAUCCAGGUAAAUAUUGUAGGAAUGUAUUGUACCCAAGAUAUUGAAAUGAGAUCAGCUGAAGCUGAAGGGAGAAUAUUUUGUAUUUCUUUGUUGUAAAAUUUAAACUUUACCAGAUCUGGUCCACCUGUCAUGCUAAUAGAAUGAAUAAAACAAUUAAGAAAC